GAUGAAGAGUUCUCUCGCCGGGCUCGGCGCGGCGAUCUACUCCUCUUCCCUUGUCCGGCCGCCGCCCUUCCACGGCCGAGUAUCGGCAAGGUUCGUCGCCGUCCGAGAAAUGAGCACCAGCUGUACCAGUUUCUCGACCCGGGUUUUCCAGCUCCGGCGCGACCCCCUUACCGGGGAUUCCGAGUGGAUAGUCGUUGAAGAAGGAGGCGAGGGAGAGGGAGGGGAGGGUAAGCAUGGUGCUAAGUGCCUUCUGGCCACCACCUCUUACCUCGAUAUGCUCAAUGAUUCCUGUCGGAAUCGGGCAUUCCGAGCGGCUAUUGAGAAGACGAUCAAGGGUCCUUGCCACGUCCUUGACAUCGGGGAAGAUAAAUUGAGAUAAUUCAAUUAUGGAUUUAGGCUCAGUACAAGAUGUAGAGUGAUGCCAAAGCUGUGAAAUAAAUUACAUUGUGCUUGCAGAGCUGGAACUGGCCUAUUGUCAAUGUUGGCAGCACGCACGAUGGAGAAAUUUGGUGAAUCCUCAGUGGCGACUGUGUCAGCUUGUGAGUCUUACCUUCCCAUGGGGAAGCUAAUGCGUAGAGUAUUGCGGGGAAAUAAGAUGGAGAAGAAGAUAAAGGUCUUUCACAAGCGAUCUGAUGAGCUUGUUGUUGGCGUGGACCUUGAAUCACGAGCAGCUGUGUUGGUUAGUGAGAUAUUAGACUCAGAAUUAUUGGGAGAAGGACUGAUACCAACUCUACAACAUGCUCAUGAUAUGCUACUCAUCAAGAACCCACAAACUGUUCCAUAUCGUGCCACUACCUAUGGACAGCUAGUUGAGAGCCCAUACCUGCAGAAGCUGCAGGAUUUGUUCCAUGGUGAAGCAAAUUUAUCCGAUGGAGUUCAUCUUACAUGUCCCGGUUUGGAAGGGAUUAUGGACAUUAAAAAACAACAAUAUGCCAUGCAUUGUGACGCCAUGUUCAAUGAUCUACGACUGUUGUCAGAGCCCUUCAAAGUUUUUGAGUUUGACUUUUGGAAACGACCAGAGAGUCAUGGUGAAAUCAAAAUAUCAGUAAAAGCUAGCAGUGAAGGCAAUGCCAAUGCUGUAAUUUCAUGGUGGGUGGUUCAGUUGGACUAUGAAGGUUCAGUGGUAUACACCACAGCUCCUAGAUGGAUUACAAGGACAGAUGAUAUAAAAGAAGCAACUUGUGUUCCUGACGCUAAAGAUUGGUGUGAUCACUGGAAGCAAUGUGUAUGGUUCAUUCCAGGACCAGGACUUCCUGUUUCCAAAGAUGAAAAUGUUGUCUUUAAUGCCACCCAUGAUGAAACUAAGAUUUCAUACCACCUCAAGUGUGAUAAUUCAUUGAUCUACAGCAACACCUAUGGGGACUGCCGUCUAGAGCUUUCACCGGAAAGAAUUGCCUUGUAUGGUGACAGAGAUUGGAGGUCAGGGUUAAUGACUGCUAUGAGAAAUAUCUUGCAUGCACAAUCUUCUCAAUUUUGUGUCGUUGCUGAUGAUAGUGUGUUCUUAACAAUUCUAACUGCAUGUCUCUCCAAAAAUGCAACCAUAGUUUCAAGUUUUCCUGGGCUACAAGAAAAAGGUGAAAAGUAUCUGCAAGCUGUUGCCAAUGCAAAUGGUUUUUCUAUGGAUCGUAUAAAAGUUAUGGGAAUGAGGUCACCCAACCUGGCUAAAAAUAAUCUUAUACAAAGAAAGGUUGAUCUUCUGGUUGGAGAGCCAUUCUACUAUGGAACUGAAGGGGCACUCCCAUGGCAGAACCUACGAUUUUGGAAGGAGAGGACUCUACUUGACUCCGUGUUGUCUAAAGAUGUCAUCGUCAUGCCUUUUAAGGGAGUACUAAAAGUUUGUGCCAUGUCUCUUCCGGAUCUUUGGAGAAGCCGGUGUUGCCUGGAAAAUGUUGAAGGCUUUGAUCACUCGGUCGUGAAUGAGACUCUGGGUGCAUGUGGCAAUUUACCACCAAUGAUCGAAGGUCCUUGUCUGCCUUAUUAUGUCUGGCAGUGUGGUGAGGUUCAGGAACUCAGCGGUGUUCUUCCACUCAUGGAGUUCGAUUUCACAAAUCCUAUCCAUUCUUGUUCUGGGAAAACAAAGAUGCAGUUCUCCAAACUGGGACUAUGCCAUGGUUUUGUACUCUGGAUCGACUGGGUAAUGGAUGAAAAAGGCUCCAUCGUAAUGUCAACUGGACCAGCUAGUAGAUACCAGAAACAGGGAGUGAAGCUUCUCAGCCAGCCUUUCAAUGUCAAUACGACCGACUGUUUUGUUGAGAUAGAGGCGUCUUUCGAUCAUUCUUCCGGAGAAAUCACUGUCUCAUCAUUCUUUUCAUCAUUGCAAUAAGGUUCGUGGACAUAAUCUAUCCAUACUCAUUUUCACAAAUGAGUGGUUUCUCGUUUCUUUUUUCACGCAUUAUAAAUUGAAGUUUGAAUAUCUUGAAGGUAAAUUUGCAUGUGUUUCAUUUCAAACUGGUUCCCUUGUUAUUUUUGAUGUGAGUGAGUCGAACUGUAGAAGUUAUAUACAUUGAGAUGAUUGAUGAAUGAUGAUCAUAUAUGAAGACAAA